AUGCUAUGCUAUGCUCGCGCUGUUCCUGCUUUGAGACAGUUCGAAUCAAGCCACACAGCGAAUCUAGAGAGCGCAGCAUGUGCAGCACAGCACCUACUUACUACCAGGCCAUCCUUUCCCUUGCUAACGUCCUCUCCCUUCCUCUUCCCCACUCUUUCUGCUCCUUCUUUUUCCCAACCCUAUUCUUCCCCCCCCAUCGCUGUUCGUAUCCCCAACCCUGUGAUCCCCCUCCCCUCUGCCCUCCUCCCAUCACAGCCCAGCACGCGGGCACAGACAACAGAGUCGGUGGCCAGUUUGGAGCACAGCGUGUAUGACAACACAGGCGUGUUCCAGGUGACGUUUGACACGCUCGAGGAGGAGAUUCGCGAGAUCAGGGACCAGCUCAACGGUAACCAGAAGACGGGAGCCAAGCCGGCAGCGCCCGUCCCCCCAGUGGUGCAGCUAGCGAAGCUGAGGGUGCAGGUGGAGGAGCUGUCGUCGCAACACGCGCUGCUGCGCGGGAAACUGGACUCGCUUGUUGCUGCCGCUGGGGGUGUGAGUGCUGGUGCUGAAGGGAGUCCUGCUGCCGCUGCUGCCGCUGCUGCUGCUGUUGCUGCUGCUGAAGGGAGUGCUGCUGCUGGUGUGAACAGCACGGGUGGGGUUGCUGUGCAGCAGGCGGUGGGGAAGCUGCUGGAUCCGCUGAAAGCGAGGGUGAAGCGCGAUGAAGAGCGGUUGAAAAGGGUGCAGGAGAGGGUGGACGUGGUUGAGAAGGAGCUGGCGGAUAGCACGGAGGUGCUGCAGCAGCUGCAGGUCGAGGUGGUGACUGGGGGGAAAGUCGCACCAGACCCAGCAGCAGCAUCCGUUGCAGCAGCCGAAAUCCCUGCAACCACAGCAGCACUUGCAACACCCAACGUUCCUGCAGCAACGGUCAUUCCCGCACCAGACGAACCUGCAGCAGUUGUCAUCCCAGAGCCAAAGGAACCCGCAGCAGUUGUCGUUCCUGAAGCAACCGUACCCGCGGCGGUCGUUUUUCCAGCACCAAAGGAGCCUGGUGCCGGCGCGGUUGCUGUUCCUGAAGCAGGCGAGCCCACAGCAGUUGUGGUGCCGUCUCCGAACGAGCCUGCUGCGGUUGUCAUUCCCGAACCUGCAGACCCUGCAGCGGUUGUUGUCCCGGGUCCCUCUGAUACCACCCCCGGUCCUGCUGCUGCUGCUGCUGCUGCUGCUGGUGCAAUGGGAGGGACGGGUGGAGGGAAGGAGGGCGAGGCGGAAGGGGAGGAGUGGGAGGGGGAGGAUGAUGCUGACUUGGGCCCUCCAGAGGAUUACCCAGGCGAAGGGGAUGUGGGAGAGGAAGGAGAGGAGGGAGGAGAGGAGGGAGGAGAGGAGGAGGGAGAGGAGAAGGAGGGAGGAGAGGGGGAAGCAGGGACGGCUGAGCAGGUUGGGAAGAAGAGUGCUGGGACUGCAGGGGAGACAGAGGCGGGAGGUGAAGAGGAGGCGGGGGAGGGGGAGAGGGAGGUGGGGGAGGAAGGGGAGGAGGAGGGAGGGGAAGUGGGGGAGGAUGAGUCACCAGCAGUGGGAGGAAUAGAUGUGGCGGAGGUGCAGCAAUGCGGCGAUGAGGUGAGAUGGAGGGGAUGGGAGGAUAGGGGAAGCAAUGAGGUGCUCGACCUGCCACCGGAGGCCAACGAAUGGAAGCACCUCGUACUCGUGCUCGACCUGCCACCGGAGGCCAACGCAUGGAAGCAGCGCUCUCUCGUGCAGAUCACACCAGACCUGCAGCUCUUCAGUGCAUACCGCUACAACCCGCACACCAUUGCGCUGGUGGGCUUGCUAUCUCCUGCCGUGCCCACCGCACCUCUCGACGCCUGUCUCUUCCGUCAGUCAGACGGCUCCCAGCCGAUCACAGGCUCGCUGCUGCGCCUGCAGGUGGAGAGCACCUCGGCAGUGGUGCUGAGGUUUGAGGGCGACACAGUUCUCCCCCCCUGUGGGGGCUAUCUCGAAUGCACUGCUGCUGCUGGGGCUGCUGGGGAUGCUGCAGCUGCUGCCGGGGCGAAGGUGGUUGUGUACACUGAAGGCCGAGGGGAGCUCUCCACUCCCCCCUCGCCCCUCCCCACGCCCCUCACCAUCUGCUCGCUCCUCAUAACAAACGGCGUCUCGCCGCCCCGCCUGCGCGAGUGGCUGGACUACCACCGGGUGGCGGCGGGGGCGGCGAGGUUUGUCCUGUACCGGCACAGCAAGAGCCACUGGCCUACAGAGCUGCGGCAGGCAGUGGGGGAAUACGAGCGGAUGGGGAUGGCGGAGGUGACAGAUAUUGUGGGGGCAGACAAGGAGCAGGAAAAGAUGCUGGCCCUACAGGACUGUCUCUACCGCACCUCUCUCUCCUCUACCUGGACCCUCCCUCUCGACCUAGACGAGUAUCUCUCCGCCUCGCCCCCCGCCACCCUCCCCUCGCUCCUCUCCGCCUCCUCCCCCUCCUCCCUCGCCGCCUCCCCCUACCUUUCCCUGGGUGCAGUGCGGUGGAGCACGGAGGUCUGUCUGGGGGAGGCAGAUGUGGUGAAGGUGGAGAGAGAGGGGAUUGGGGGGGAGGGAGGAGAGGAGGAUGAAGCUGAUGCUGCUGGUGAUGGUGGUGGCAGGGGUAAUAGCAGCAGCACUGGUGCUGUAUUUGCGGUAGAGAGGGCAGUGUUUAGAGAGCCGGCUCCUGUGUGCAAUGCUGAUGCGGCAGGGGAGGCGGCAGUGGGAGCGGCAGGAGGAGGAGGAGGAGAGGUGGAUGCGGCAUUGUGUGAGGGCGAUGCGGGCACACGGCGGGUCAUUGUUAACCCGCGCAAGGUGCCCCUCGCUGUCCCUCCUCUCCCUCCACUGCGGCACACCCCCAAGGGCGGCACCCCUCUCAACGCCAAGCCAACACACAGGCGCAAGUCAACAGAGUCAACCGCAUUCUUCACCCUUCCCCAGGUGUCUCAAGCGUCAAGCAGGCGGGGCGGCUUCUCACUCCACCACCCCAUAUCCUCCAAGGGCGGUGCUACUUUGAACGCCCACACGCAGGCGCGAGUGAACCGUUUCCUCGGCCUCUCCAGUCUCAAGCAGGCGGGGAGGCUGUGCAGCAGCGCAGUGCAGCAGACAGGCGACGCUGCUGCCGCUGCCGUCGAUGCUGCUGCUGCUGGUGCCCCGCGGGGGUCUGUGGAGAGCCUAGAGGUGGCUGAGGGGGCGAGGCUUGCCAGAGAGUGUCCGAUAGAGAAGACCAGGGAGGUGAGUGGAACAACGCUGGUAGGAUGGGGAGAAGAGGGGAAGGGGUUGCCCCGCGGGGGUCUGGAGAGCCUAGAGGUGGCUGAUGGGGCGAGGCUUGCCAGAGAGUGUCCGAUAGAGAAGACCAGGGAGGUGAGUGGAACAACGCUGGUAGGAUGGGGAGAAGAGGGGAAGGGGUUGCCCCGCGGGGGUCUGUGGAGAGCCUAG